AUGGCUCCGCGCGGAGGUUCAUCUAGGCAGAAGAGCUGUAAUGCCUGUGUGAGGAGCAAGCGACGCUGUGACCAGCGGGUCCCAACUUGUGCUAAUUGCACCAAGAAGAAGCGUCUCUGUAUCUACGGGCAACAGUCGGACACGCAGUCGUACAGUAACUCUGCGGGUGUUCCAACAAGUCUAGACUCUUUCAACGGUCCUCCGUCCACGUCCUACGGUGACAGUUUUGUACUAGAUGACGGCAGCGUUCCUACUACUACUAUGGGCAUUGACGUAGAUAUUUCUCCUGAUGAAACUAUUCACCUCGAUAGUACGUUUGAGUCUCUAUUGGAUUCAAUGGAUGGGCACGGAUUUGGCGACUUAUCCGGGCUACCCGAUUUCUCGAGGCAAGAUACACAGAUAGCAUCAAUUCCAAAGAGUAAAAUCCUAUCCUCUGAAGACUAUUCUAGGGUGGCAGCUGUAUGCGACGAUUAUGCUCCGUGGCAACUUGAGGACCCUUCAACUAGAAUUGCUUACGCGAUGAAAACAUUCAAGAACUUUCAUAAAACAAUUGCUCGGGAUAACUCCACUAUAUAUAUGCAUCGUCACUUAUAUCUAACUGACACGCCACCUUGUAUACUACAGGCGUUCUCGAUGUGUGUUCUCUACACGAACCAGACCGAGGCAAACCGUGGCUUUGUCCUUAGAGUUCUUUACGAGAACGUCCAUAAUCUUAAAAUAACGGUUAGCGGUACAUCAUUAACGCCGCGGGAAAAGCUUGCGAGAGUCCAUGCUCUACUUGUUUAUCAAACUAUUCGUAUGCUUGAUGGAAACACUACUCUAGGGCAACAAGCCGAUGAAGAUGUACCGUUAUUAGAAGCCUGGAAUGGGGAGUUGCGCAAGAUAAGAGAUAACCUCGAAGAUUUCGCUGAACUAGAUGUUGCUGAGAUCCGUAAUAAGCCACCCGAGUCUUGGGAACGUUGGUUGUUCGCAGAGAGCGUUAGAAGAACUUAUAUGAUAUGUGCUGCUCUUGCUCACUUUUGGGGUUUAUUGAAAGGACAGAAGAUACUUAAUGUAGCUGAUCUUGGGGAUUGGCAAUACGUCCACCGGUGGACCUUAUCGAGAUACCUAUGGGCCGCUACGAACCCCUUAGAAUUUCACAGGGCAUGGAAAGAGAAGCCCAUGUGGAUCAUAUCGGCCUUUUACUUCGAUGAAUUUUUGCGGACUGGAAAAGGAGACGAUGUGGAUGACUUUGCGCUUGCUUUCCUCACAUUAUCUUUCGGUGUCGACGAGAUGAAAAUGUUUUGCUAUGAGACAAGCGGGAGGCUCUUAGAAUAG